GGAACGAAAACACUGAUAAAAUUCGGCAGUAAGGCCAUCGGGGCCGGGCGUCUUGCCCUUCGCUAACGAAUCGAUGCAUGCAGUUACCUCAUUAAUAUCAGUGUUUUCAUUUGUAUAAUUGUAAUCAUCCUGAUUUAACUGGGGCAGCAACGAUACAAUUUUUUUGGCAGCAUCUGUAUCCAAUGGCUUAUGGUCUCGAAAUAGUUUUUGAUAAUGCUCGAAAAACGCUUUAGUUAUUAGAGUAGGCUCAUUAACAAUGAUUCCACCAUACUCUAUAUCUAGUAUUUGUUUCGACAGCGCGUGUCGGCGUUCAUCACCAAGGGCCCUACUGCAAGGCUGUUCUUCCAUGAAACGCUGCUCCCGCGCACGCACUAGUGCACCCCUGUAUUUUUCUGGGUUCAAAGUUUGUAACUGUGCCUUGACCUUAUAAAUAUCAUCCCCGAUGGGCAAGCCAAUGUAAAUAGUGGGGGGUCUACCACGUGGUCAGUUUUUUUUUUUUUUUUCACGGUGUGUUGUGGAGAGAGAUUUGUUUGCGGUUUUAGUUUAACGUUUUCUGUGGUUAAAUGAAUAUUCCCAACCAAUAUUAAAGACAUCAAAGGCUAUCCUAGGCCUAGUGUUUUUUUUUUCUCAGAUAGGCCGAAAGAAGCGACCGAUCACUGAAAAACCUGCGCUGUGGCGCCAGUUGAGUAAUGCCUGCACUGCCUUCGCAUGCAACAUAGGCCAAUCAAAUAUUGUAUGAAGGCUCGAAGUUCCAUCAGUUAUUGUCUCUUCUUGUUUUUAUGCUUUUGAUGAGCCCUGAUCCAUAGUUUGUUGUACUUCUUUUACGCAUUUUCUCCGUUUACGUGACUGCGGCCUGGUUGUUGUCGCCGUUGUCGCUCCCGAUUGCUAUCCCGGCGAAUUUGUUUCACGCGUUGCUCGUACGACCGGCGUCGUCUGUUUCUUCUUUUAGACGCAGGUCUAGGCAAUCCCCAAUGUCGAAAGCAGUUGACACGUUGCCAAAACGCGCAUCUAAAAGAGAAGGACGUAACACCUUCGGUAACGGUAGCUGCCAUUCCUUUUUUUUCUCUCGACGUUGCGAACAACAUGUCGACAUUGGACCUCAUCGGAAACGCCGAUAACUCGGAAAGCGACGAUGACGACUACGUUCCAUCGACUGAAGAGAGCGACGCAUCCGACUGUGACACGGAGACUGGGAGUGACGUUGAAGAGCGACUUGGCGCGACGACUGGCCGGACGCUGCGGAAGGGCAUCGUAACGCCGCGUCUGAAAGGCAAAGGGGGCAUCCUCUGCGACGGAAAAGAAGGCCCAGCACAGGAAAGUGUUCAUAACGUGGCGAGCGCUAAAGACGACGCGAAGGAACAGGAUGAGGGCCAUCUCGCUGCCAAAAAGGACGAAGCGAAAGCCGACCUUCUCUGGUCCGACUUCUUGCGAGACGUGGACAGCGUACCCAAGAAACGGGCGGCCGUUGCCGAUCCCGGCGAAGCGUCUACUUCCGCCGCCACUUCACAAGUGUACUCUGUUCCCGAGAAAAAGGUUAAGAUUACUCAGCUGCUGGAUUUUGCGGGGGAAGUCGUCGAGGUCGACAAGGAGGAGGCAGCAGGCUCGAAAGAAACGCGCUCGCUCGAAAAACAGGAAGAAGAUGCGAAGGCAACUGUACCUGUCAGCAAGAAGCCGGGCGGAGUCGUAAGUGUCUUAGAUCGACUAAUUAACAAGAAGCGAAAGAUUAGCACGCUGGACGAAUCGAAGCUCGACUGGGAUAGCUUCAAGCAGAGCGAGAGCAUUGCGGAAGACCUGCGGAACCACAACAGAGGCAAGGACGGCUACCUGGAAAGACAAGCGUUUCUGCAGCGCACCGACGAGCGGCAGUUCGAAGUUGAAAAAGGACUGCGGGCCAAGAACAGAUCGACGCACCGCACCUAAGCGGCCGUUGCAGCGGCUCUUUCGCGUUCCUGCCAGUGAAUUCCACUCACAUUGCAAAUAAUUUAGAAGCUUGAGCUGCGUUUGGAGCCACAUUUCGCACGUUGUGCAAUAUGUCGUGAAUAAAAAAGAGGCACCUUUUCAGGAUGGUCUGAAGCGCGAUCACAUUUCAGCAGCUGUGUUUGAAACCGUGUCAAGCGCUUGUUAAUUGGCGUAAUGACUAAAUUUUACGAUGGCCUUGUUUGCAGAGUUAUUGCCAUCGCAUUCCUUGCUGUAUGGAGGUGUCCCACUUGUAGAAAAUAACAAGAGCAUUUCGUGGGAAGACACUCAGAUUACUCUCACAAUUGAUAAGUAUCUUAGAAAUGAAUGUUCUUCAACGCCCUGGGGGCGUCUCGACUUUCCAAGUGUAAUGUGGGCCGAAGUCCGAGCACCUAAUUUGUAUUUGAGCUCUGAUUGCAGAUAUUAUAGCAUAUGAAAGCGUAGGCCAUGGCUUUGCACUGCUGAAUUCGAGCUGGCGGGCUUGAUCCUGGCUGCGGCGGUCAAAUUUCGAUGGGGGCGAAAUGCAGAAAAAAAAAAAAACACUCGUUCAGGUGCACGGUAAGAGUUCUUCACAUCGUUGUUUGGACACGUAAAACCGAACAAUUAAUUUGUUUCGAUCUCAUCAAGGCCAUGAAAUUGAGCCCUCUUUGAAAGAUUACCACCAGAUACGCCAAUUCAGAUCACUUUUCUGUCCAACAAACUACAUGAAAGGCGUACAUUAAUUACCCUUGGCCAGUAAUUUCGUGUUCCAAGCAUGGCCCGUAGCGUACAUCUCGAUGCUCAAAAUCUUGACCUGCCUGGAAAGUUUGUAAACAUUGAAUGGUUAAGAACAUAAUGCUAAAUUGGCUGAUCAGUAAACGAACCCUGCACAUCACUCGCAAGAUUUUAGGCAAAUCCACUUUGGAGCUGCGUUUCAUCUUA